AUGGCUCGGCUCUCAAGUCACGACGAAGCGUCAGGCGCGUCUGUCUCCUCGCCGCCCUCAGAUCCGUCGGCGGAGCGGAGAAGUCUGUCCCCGCGGCGGUCGCGGCCUGUGUCGCGCUGGAGGCUUUGUUUUCCGACCUCCCGUUCUGGAGAUGAAGGCGGCAAUGCGGCUGGUCGCCCUUCGGAGCAGAGCCACAGAAGAGAGAGUUGUGCAAGUCUACAUGAACGCCUCGGGGGAAUUGCGGCGCAGUGGACGGCCGGGUCCUCAAGGUGUUUCUGCCUCGGACUGCAUGUCGUGCCUCACGACGUGUUCAUCAUCGGUCUCCUUAUUCUUCUCAUCCUCAGUCAAAUCGCGGCCUUCCUCGUCUUCUGGGUGGGCAGCCUCCUGAAAGCGGACAGAAAUUUGCUGGACAGAGAGUUGCAUGGUGACCCAAGGCACGGAGCGCAGGGACGCGAUGAUCUAGCAGAAGCCGUUGCUCGAGAAAUUCGAACUCUGGUCAUCCCCUAUUCGUAUUCUGCCUUUCUAACACUCGCCGCCACCAUGCCUGUGUUCGUGAUUACCGUCAUCUAUUUCCUUUUCUGCCGAGGACUAGCCGCGACCGCGUUGAACCGCCAUCUGCAGAAUUCAGUACCGGUGAUCAAUGUGGAUACGCUCUCACGCAACUCCCGGGCUGCCUUCGACGUUGCAGAGAAGGCGGCAGGCGAAAGACACGAAGGAGUCAGAGGCGAAGAGGAAGGCUCUGCGGCGCAUGCGGCGAAUAACAGGCGGGGCCACGGCGCUUGUGACGGCGACACAACAGUGGGGUUCGGAGAGCGUGAAGGGACAAACACCGAGGCGGCUACCGGAGGCGGUGAGGAGAGCACGAGUGAAGAAGAAAAGGAGGCGAUGAGGCAGGAGGCGAGACAGCUCCCCCUUCAAAUGCUCGUCGACGUUAUAUACACCGGCGGAUUCACGGUCUCCGCCAUAUGGAUGAUCUGCGCCCAUAUCCCAAGAGCAACGUGUUGGAAGUGCGAGAGUCAGACCCUCGGGCAGCGGUGGUUGGACCGUGGAUGCAUGGUCAGUUUUGUUCUUCUGUGGGCACUGGCCUUCUGCAUCUGUCCCUCUCGCCGAGAUAUCGAGAAGCGACACCAGUUAGCUCGCCACAUGCGACAGCGUCUAGCUGCCUAUCGGUCGCUUGCGUCUCUCGAGACAGAGGCGCCGUCGAAUUGGUUGGUCGGGGUCGCGUCGCCUGGCGUCUCUCUAUCUUCCCUCAGUGCUGUCUCGCGCCCCGAGCCCAACCACGUCGGGCUCCGCGCGUACUCUGCCUUCCCGGAGCCGAGCCGAAGGGCCGUUCCCUUCACAGAGGGACAGAAGGCUGGAGAGGCCGGCAAAGCUGCCCCGGCGUUCACGCGUGUAGAGUGUGUAAGGGACACUUCUGGGGACGAAAGGUUCGAGGACGAUGGCGGCAGGUGUCCUGUGAACGCGCUGGGCGCUCGGGGCGGAUCCCCUGGCCUCCCUCUUCCCUACUGGGCGCGUCCUGCUCCCAGCAUCUACGCUCGCGACCGUGCGGCUCCCACCGGGAGGCCGCCGGCCGGCUCGGAUGGCCAGAAUGGCGUAGAGCUCCAGGGGAAUCUGGGACAGCGCGGCAUGGGAGGGAACCCAGGAACUCCCCCAGGUGUCAGGACACCGGGAGCUGCAGACUGGAUAGAAGGAGACUCUGUGCGUGUCAUUGGUCGGCCGGUUUUCAGCUCGAGAGUUGUGCUGGAUGAGCGGAGAGGGACAGAGAAUGAACAAGGAGGGGCGCCCUCUCGUCAACCACCCGCAGACGGCUCCACGGGCGACGAACGAGCGGGGCGCGCCGAGGCGCAUUGGGAUUUUACUGUAGGGAAGGUGUAG